UAUUGUUUAAAUACUUACUGUUGAUUGUUAAUAUGUUUCUUAUAUGAAUUGCAUAAUAAUUCCGCUAAAUACAAAUUCCUGAGUUCUGCCCUCUCUGUGUUUUGGUUGGAUUCGUGUAAUUCGGUCAUCUCGAAAUAGUCAUACUACGACUACAAUAAAUUACUACAAAUUGGCGUCGCGAUGGAACUAAAUAACCUUGGAAAAUUUCCUAUUAAUGGGUAUCCGCGGGAGAUUGCUGAUUAUUUGGAAUGCUUCGAUGCGUGGUGCAUUUCAAAGAAUGUUCGGGAUGACAAAAUACCAGCACAUUUCACUGCUAUUGGGCUUGAUGCAUAUAGCCUAGUGAAGAAUCUGGCGUUUCCAGAUAAACCCAUUUCUCUGCCAUAUGCUAAGCUCCGUGAACUUCUUAUAGAUCACUUUCAUAUAACUACUUUUGAGACGCGAGAGAGGGCUCAGUUCAAUAAACUGGUUCGUGCUCCCAACCAGAAGAUUCGAGACUUUAUUCUGCAACUCCAAAUUCAAGCUUCAAAGUGUAAUUUUGGAGAUCAGCUGCAUACUCAACUACGUGAUCGUCUAAUUGCUGGAAUCAAUAUUCCUAAGUUAGAGAAAGAGUUAAUUCAGAUUCCUUCUUGUACUUUUCAAACUGCUAAAGAUUUAUGUAUUACAUAUGAAGAUGUCAAUAAUGAAUACUCUGCUCCCACUACGUCAGUAUCUGAUGUCAUGUUGUCUAAAGUCGAAAAUACAAGUGUUCAUGGAAAGCAAUCCAAACCGUCGUCCACAGGUAAUAGAAUGCAGCGAGAGAUCAAAAACAUUAAACCGUGUUUAUCCUGUGGAAAGUUACAUCUACGAAGCACUUGCCGUUUUCGGGGUGCUAAGUGUCACAAAUGUGGUAAAGUUGGACACAUCAAGACUGUUUGCAGAAGUUCGAAUACUUAUGUUACUCAAAAUUCUUAUAAUUCUCCCAAUCUGUCUAGUAAAAUGGAGUCAAUGUGUCUUUCAAUUUUUCAAAAUACUCAAGCUAAUCCAAUGAAAACCUCCACUACAAGUUCAGCAACUCAAACGUCAACUGUUUUCAAAAAUGAGGUAGCCGAGUUACAAUGUGAACUGUCGAAAACACGAGAAGAACUGAAUGAGAUGAGAGAGCAACUGAUUAAAAUGGAGGAAUUGUUGCAUAUGCAUAGACUGCGUCUGUUGAAUGCAGAGCAUACAAGUACCCGUGAAAGUCCUGCAAAACUUUUCAAAUCUCGAAUUCUCAAAAAGCAUCUGAUGUCCACGACUUCUAAUGUACAUUAUUACAAAGGUAAUAACUAUAGACCUUCUGUUGGAAUUAUACUACAAAAAAUGGGAAAUCGAGUGGUGAAGAUAUUAGACAUCAAAGAUCACUCAGUUCAUAACGGACACCUGGACAAAGUGACAAUAAAUGAAGUAGGUCGUUCCAAUUAUAAUAUUAUUGAUUCCGCUAAUAAUCCUGAUUUUGUAGAUAAUUCAGAAAUAAGUCCAGAUAAUACUGAUGAAAAUAAUAUCACAGAAUCAGUUAGAAGGUCGCAGCUACUUGCAAGCAAACCGAGACAUCGUUAUAAAUACGCAAGGAGAUAUUCGACGUGUGGCGGAUGUGGUGAUUGACAAUUUCUAUCUCUGUAUUGUUUAAAUACUUACUGUUGAUUGUUAAUAUGUUUCUUAUAUGAAUUGCAUAAUAAUUCCGCUAAAUACAAAUUCCU